ACUACUGGGAACGAAGGUUAUUGACAGGGGUGAAAGCAAGGUUUUGAAACAACGUGGCCAGAUAUAAGGCAAUUAUUAGUUUAUCUCUCAAGUGUUCACUCUGCGCUGGAUUAUCCUCAGUUAGGGGCGUGGGCCUCCUGCAACUUUCAAGGCAAACUGCAGCUUUAAAAGUGGGCUGUUCCUGAUUGCUUUGGUAAGAAUGAGGAAAUACUGAGUAACAACGGUCCGAGGGAGAGCAAGUCCCAAGAUAUCCGACACAAGACCGUCCGAGCUUCUGAAGUGAGCGUCCGACUGAGCAGAGCUCCCCAGUAGCUGACCAUAUCCUCGCCCAGCAUCCGCGAGGCUGAUGGGGGAUUCAGGAAUUACGAGCGGUAUAACGCCGGGCAGCCCAGAGGACGCCAGCACGCCUGCAGAGAAUUCGGGCAGCAGUCCGGAGUACGUGGCGUUCGGCCUCGUGCCUGUCUUCUUCCUGCUGGGACUGCUGGGGGUGCUCAUCUGCCAUGCGCUCAAGAAGAAGGGCUACCGGUGCACCACUGAGGCCGAGGACGCGCAGGCGGCCGAGGACGAGCUCGAGAAGGACCUGGAGAGAGCAGCACGUCUACAGGUUCUUCCCACCAAGUACAACCGUUCACUGUGGUUUCCUUCCAUCCAUUCACCCCUCUGCGUGCUGCAUGACCCCCCUCAACACCUGGAGUCAGUAGCCCACAUUACGAACAGUUGCACAUCACUUAAAGGACUGUAUAUUGCCAGACACAACAGACUUGUGGAUCUCAUUGCUGCUCAGAUUCCCUGUGUGGCUGAUGAAAAGCUCUAUAAAAACACUACUGUACAGUCUGAUUGGUUUAACUCACCUGCAAACACUCUUGUAGGAAUACCAAAUACACCAGAUAUUGUUGUCAUAUCUCAGCAUUCCAGAACAGUUAAGCUAUUUGAAGUAGCAUGUGCAUUUGAUCUGUUUAUGUUUGGACUCUUACCUUUCUAAGACUGUAAAAUAUCAAUCAUUAAUAUCUAUCAUCGAAAACCUUGGCUACAGAUGCCAGCUUAUUGUGCUAGUGUUUGGUAGUCUAGGGCAUGUACACAGGCUGGCGACCCGGGGACUUUGUAUUGGGGGGCUAUUGAAAACAAGAGCCAAACAGUUGGUAAAGUACUGCUCAAUUUCAGCCAUUAUAGGAAGCAUGUUUAUUUGGAAAAGGAGAUGUUUUCUGUACCCCUUAGCUUGUAUUGUCACACAUAACAAUGUGCUGAUGUGGUUUAAUCUGUUUGAUCAUUCAAAACAUUUGAUUCCUAAUGAAGAUUUACUUGUAAUGUGGAAUUGAAUAAAGUAUCUAAAAUGUGUAUGAGUCUGUGAGAAUGAGGGCUUGAUGUGUAUGCAUUUGUGUCUGGGAGUUGCUGUGGUUCAUAAUAAUGGCUCAGGGGCCUUUGCUGUAUUGUCAGAUCCUGAAACCGGUUUGGAUCUAUAGACAGAAGACAAGAUGGCUCUGUUUCCCUGCUUACCCCCUUCUCAGUCCAUUCUGUGUCACAUAGCCCUUUUGUCCUCCUGACAAACACUUGUUCAGCUGUACACCUUUCCACCCCCACUCGUUCACUCUCUCCCUCUCCUUUCCACCCCCACUCGUUCACUCUCCCUCUCCUUUCCACCUUUUUAUGGUUCAGUAAUCAGGGCUCUACACUAACAUUUUUUUCCAGGAGCACUUGUGUGCCCAAGUUAAAAAAUGUGGGCGCACAGUCACUUCUGUACUUAGGGCCUGUCCACACGGAGACGCUUUUUAGGUUAAACGCCGAGGUUUUGCUUCGUCUUGGCCGAGCGUCCAAACGAAUCCUGUAAAC